UAACUCUAUAAUGAUGGAUGAAUAUGGAUUUGGAUGCUGAAGUGUUGGUGUGUGUGUGUCAGUUCAGAAUCUCCAUCUGAUGCAGGCGAGUCUGGGUGUAAGAUGUUGUUUUGACUAACUAACCACGAGGGACUUCAGGAGGAAGAGACAUGAAACGCCAUCUAUGCUGAACUACGUACCUUCGGAGACUCCCGUGUAUGAUCCGGAAUGCCAGGACCUCGGACCCUCCUUUGGUGCUGGAACUGAUAGCACAGCGUCUGCAGCAAGACAAACCAGUCUAUGGAUCAGAACGUCUAGCUCAGAGAAAAGUCCUGUAGUUCAUCAAACACAGAAAUCAUAACAUUGUAAUUUCACAGAUUGAUAACCUGAUUAUUAUUGACCAACAGUUGUUUUGAUUAGCUUUAUUAGAAAUAAAGUUCUUUGAUUAAUUAAUGAAAAGCAUUCUUCAUCCUUCUUCUGUCUUCUUUGCUGGAAUGUAAACACCAGGAACAGGCGCACAACCUUGGCAAUUUGUGCACACUGUCACUGUGUCAAAGGGCAGCUGUUAAGGGCAGAAAUGUCAUAUUCAUAACGCUACAGUGCAUAAGCAUCUUUUUUAAUGAGGCCCCUGAGAAGGGGCGGUGUUAGGCCCGGCUAUGGGCUCAAGCCCCGAAUGUUUUAUGAAAAGAUUAGUGCAUGUUAUGUGUGUGUGUAUGUGUGCGCAUGCACGCGUGUGUUGAGCCCCGGAUCAUCUUCAGUCCUAAAUCCGCUCCUGCCCCUGAGCCUUACCAUUGAGGUUGGCCCUAGUCCUUUCACAUGCUAAAUGAUGAAUAUUAUUUAUUUUGGAUCACUAAUCACCUUUUAAUAUGAUAUUUAAACACCAGUCUUUGCAAUAUUCUAUACAGUUGUUUCCUAAGUGUGACUGUGUGAGGCAUAAGAACCCAGAUCAGAUAUGGAUCGAUCAGAAUGAAGAAACUACAGCAGUUCCUCUCAUGCAUGAGUCAACAAACAACCUCAGAACAGUUAAAACACACUGACCAGAUCAGGACUAGUCGUUGGGGAAAGCAGCAGAGACAUUACAAUGGCUGUGUUCUUCCUGCCCAUCUCCAUCAUCAGCUCCAUCAUCUCAGUUCUUGCUCUACCACCAACCGAACCACCGCUGAUCCAUGGCCAUCCCUUUGUGGCCAUAUGGAAUGCCCCCACUGAUCAAUGCAAAAAGCUGGAGAUCCCACUGGAUACUGCUGCCUUCCAGGCUGUAACUACACCCACCCCUGUUACUGGUCAGUUUCUUUCCAUCUUUUAUGAGGAUCGUCUCGGCCUUUACCCUAAAAUUGACAGCAUCAAGCACAAGAUCUACAAAGGCGGUGUCCCACAAAAUGGAAACCUGACAGAACAUCUGGCCAAAGCUCAGAAUCAAAUCAAUCUCUACGUUUCCCAAGACUCCACUCCCGGGCUGGCUGUGAUUGACUGGGAGUCCUGGCGGCCCCUGUGGAACCAGAACGGGGGAUCAAAACGUGUUUAUCAGAAGGUGUCUCUUGCCCAUGCUCUUCUCAUGGCUCCAUUCUUAUCAUCUAAGCAAAUUUCUUCUCUGGCAAAGAGCCAGUUUGAGAAUGCUGGGCGCCGCUUCAUGGAGCAAACUAUCAUCCUAGGCAUCCGCAAGCGUCCGAGCCGCCGCUGGGGCUUCUACCUCUUUCCUGACUGCUACAAUUAUGGGUGGAGGAAGUCAAACUUCACAGGGGAGUGUUCCAAAAUGACCCAGAAGCAGAACAACAAGUUGAUGUGGCUUUGGGAACGAAGCACAGCCCUGUUUCCUUCAGUCUACCUCCACAAGAGCCUUAAGAACUCCCCCAAAGCUGCACUCUUUGUCCGCAACCGUGUUCAGGAGGCAGUCAGAGUGGCGGCCAUGCCUAAACGACCCUACACAGUCCCCAUCUACGUCUUCUCCAGACCCCUCUACCGAGAUCAGACCAAGGCGUUCGAGACCCAGAUGGAUCUUGUCAACACUGUAGGGGAGUCAGCAGCUCUGGGAGCUUCUGGGGUUGUGAUGUGGGGCGGUACCAAGGACUACAACAACAAGGCUGCCUGCCAGUCCCUGUCUGAGUACCUGAGCUCCACUUUUAACCCUUACAUUGCCAACGUGACGGCUGCAGCCAUGCUCUGCAGCAAUGUCCUAUGCCAGAGUCACGGCCGCUGUGUGAGAAAGAAUUACAACUCCUCAGAAUAUCUACACCUCAACCCCACCUACUUCAGCAUUCUACGAGCUGGUGGGCGGUACAUCGCCGUGGGUCUGCCCACUGCCAGUGACCUCAACGCCUGGGUAGAAAACUUCACCUGUCAGUGCUACGCUGGGUGGAGCUGCGCUCCAGAGCUUAAGCGUCCCACCAGAAUCCAGGUCAUUAAGGUGUGACUUGUGAGGGCAGUUACGAGUGCUUUUCAAUAGAGUAAAUGUUUCCUGCAAAUCACGAUUUGAACAUUGUCUGUGUUUUGUUUCUCUUUGGUCUUCAUCAAAUAAAGAUGGACAUCAAGCACAACAUUAGAUACAAUUCCUGGAUUUUUUUUCC